AACAAAACCACGGCCAUGCUCUCCGCCGCCGCCUCGGCCAUCCCCAGGCUCCGGUGCGCUGCGCCGCCGCGGCACGCUUCGUCGAGAACUCAGUGGUCUCUGCUGCGGCGGCGUCCGCUCUCCUCCUCUCCGAAUGUAGCGCCCGCCGCCGCGGCCUCGGGGCCGGGGCCACUGGAGCCGCCGGACCUUCCCCGCCUCGCCAAAUCCGCCCGGAUAUCUCUCUCGCCGCAGGAGGCCGAGGAAUUCGCGCCCAAGAUUCAGCAGGUGGUAGAUUGGUUUGGGCAGCUUCAAGCGGUUGAUCUUGAGUCCAUUGAGCCUUCACUUAGAGCUGAUACUGCAGUUGGUAGUUCGUUGAGAGAAGACAAGGCUGAACCAUUUGCUAACAGAGAUGCCAUAAUAGAGGCCCUUCCGAGCUAUGACGAUCCAUACAUCAAAGUGCCAAGAGUGCUGAACAGUGAAUGACCUGUAAUCUGUAGAUCAAAAUUGUGAUUUUGCUAAAAUUAAAUUCUGUUGUACAACAAAGCACGGUGAAACAAAAAAACAAGCAAAAUAUCGAGAUGAGAAUUUGAGUAAUUGUUAUCUCUUCAACAGAAAGAACAAUUUUAAUGCGUCGGCAUGUUUUGAAACUGAAUACUUAGCUCCA